ACACAAAAUGACACAGACACACAGGUAUAUAAGCACCUGAAGGCUGACCAGUAAACAGAGGUGUUGGGUAGAGUCACAAAGACAACAGGAGGAUGGAAGAAAAGGGAGCAGAGAAAGGAGUGGCGGCCAUGGCAGCCUGCUACCAGGGAUUUGAUCCUGCUGCGUAUCUGCAGUAUAACUACACUCCACCACGGGCUGAUUUUGAAAGAAAGGACAGCAUUGUGCCGUGGAAACUGGCGUGCCUGCAUAGAGCUUUCACUGAAGGUGAUGUGAGUGGUGAGCUGCUGGUGGACAUAGGUUCGGGUCCCACCUUGUACCAGGUGCUGAGUGGCUGUGAGGUUUUCAACAAGGUGCUCCUCACAGAUUUCCUGGAAGUGAACAGGCAGGAGCUGAGGGGCUGGCUCCAGGACGAGGGAGGCUGCAGCCUGGACUGGACCCCAUACCUGCAGCACGUCUGCAAGCUGGAGGGACGACGGCCCUCAGCUUGGACAGAGAAGGCUGCUAAGCUACGUCAGGUCAUCAUGGACAUUGUCCCCAUUGACGUGCACUGCCCUCAGCCUCUGGCCCUUGACAUCCUUCCUUCAGCAGGGGCUGACUGUCUUGUGUCCUGCUUCUGUCUGGAGAGUGUCAGCCCUGACCUGGCUGCCUUCAUCAGGGCCCUGGGCCACAUUGGGAGGCUCCUGCGGCCUGGUGGCCACCUGCUGCUCAUCGGAGCUCUGGGAGAAAGUUACUAUUUUGGGGGGCCUGGGGUAAAGAUCCCGGUGGUCCCACUGAAUGAGGCCCAGGUCUGUGCUAGUUUGAAGGAGAGCGGCUACACCCUGAUCAGGCUGGAGGUUUACACAUUGCCUCAGGACAUGAGGGUGGGGGUUGAUGAUGUGUCUGGGGUGUUUUUUGUAAAGGCAUUGAAGGAAUAAGUGUGAAAAAAGAGGAUAGAUAACAGCUAUUAAAGAUUAAAGUGAGAAAGUAAGUAUCCAGAUAAAAAAUAUUAUAGAUUAGGCCGAGGUAAAUGCAAGGGUUAGCAUAUUAGACAAUGAGAAAAUGGGCUAAUUGUGAUGCUAAUAAUACUCACUCAUAUUUGUUUUUUGGGGGAUGAGAGGUUACUUAGAUUGUGAUCUUCAAUCAUUUAAAUAGUUUUCAAACUAACUCUUAAUGGACAAAAAUGCAAGGCAAAAAACAUGUAAAUGAAAUAUUUUACUUAAUUUCCUCUGUCCAGUGAAUGUCUUUUCUGAGGGUGAAUAAGGUGACGGUUUUCUUUCUGUUAGAAAUGUAAUUACACAUUGACCCCUGCAGUUCAAACACAGCAACUACAGCAUCAAGAAUGUAACGCUUCCAGCUUUUGAUGAUGAGUCACAUGUUGUUUUGAAAUUUCUGAUAAUAUGAAUAAAGACGCUAAAAGAAUUUGUAUUUCCUGUGUUCUUAUCUCAGACUCAUAUUGCAUAACAGCAUCAUAUUGAUUCAAACUUAUUGUUGAUAUUAAAAAAGAUGGGGAUGAAGAUUAGUGGAAGCAGUAAAAAAUCUGAUAAUACAGCUAAAAGUUUGCUUUAUUUUAAAUGAUCAAAUUUAGAUAUGCAUCUGAGAAUAUGAUUGUAUAAUUAGAAGUACUGAACACCAGGUGUCAUUACUCUGCCAACUUGAGUUGCUCCUCAAAUAUCAAGCCAAAAAUAUGUAAAUGUAUUCUGAUUUUGCGAAUACUUGUUGCUAAUAGCCGUGGUAAAGAAGACAUAUAUAGUCUGUGAACAUCUGAGGCUGCUUACAAAUGGACAAGAGCAAAGAUUAUAAAAGUGCAAAAAGGUGUUCAGGGUCUUCAUUUAAUAAAUGUCAAUGUCUGCUGUCAUUUGCAAUAUCCAAAUAAAGCCUUUUGUCUUUCUUUUCUUAGAAAAAAGAUAUGACUGGAGCAUUUUACAUUCCUACAGAUUCCUUUUACAGACAUACAAUCACACAAAUACCAACAACAACCCAUUAUAAUUGUUUGAUUAGCAACCAAAACAAAACAAAACAUUUAUAUACAAGGUCAAUAAUGAACCUAUACACUCAUCAUAUACAUUGUUUAAA